AUGAAGCAGGACGUCCGUUCGCCCCGGUACUCCCUGAGGCUUCCCCCGGGGGUCAUAGGUCAAAGGUCAAAGCAGGUGGCCAUGUUUGCUACACCCGUCGCCCUCCGUGUGUGCUCUGACUCCUCCACCUACUCCUUGAGACGCCCGGAGAGGAAAGCCGACUGUCCUCACUUCGCCAAAGCCGAGAAUCUAGGGGAUCAACUCCAGGGAUCCCUACCCUACUUCCGGAUCCACAAGAUCCUCGUCGCGCCAGACGAGUGGGAGGAAUGGUUGGACGUCACCUGUCGAUCACACGGAUGGCGACACAGCGAGUCCCCGCUGGUGUGGCGUGAACUUCUGGACCGCGGGGGCAAAGGGAUGUUGGUGGGGGGUCUGGCUGACUUCCUGGAGCACUGCCAUGAAUACUAUGGUGUGAUGUCAGACAUGUCGACAGACAUGAUGCUGAAGAUCGCCGUGGAGACCCGCGAGAUGGAGGAGAUUUGGAGGGAGGAAAAGAAGCUCCAAGCUAGCCUACGCCAACCGCUUAACGUCUGGAUCAGCGGGGCUCUGAACCCCACGUGCUCAAUACUGAUUCCCCACCUGCUGUCCGAGCACAUCUUCCCCUGGGCAUCCACCUUAUUUGGCAUCAGCCUGCACCUCCUCCAUUGGGAGGGGGAGGAGGAGGCGUUGCAUGCCCUGCACGUUGAGACAGAGUGGCUGGGCCUCCCUCUACUCCACCAGGUCACCGCGCACGCUGGCCUGGAGGAGGCCUUUAGAGACGCAGACCUCGUCAUUCUGCUGGACGAGGAGGAGGACGCCGAGAAAGAGGAAGGGGGAGUGAGGGCGGAGAAGAAGGAUGAGGAGGUAAGGGACGAGGAGGGGCGGGAGAAAGAGGAGAAGGUGGAGGAGGAGAGGGGGGAGGUGAAGGAGAAGGAAGAGGAGGAGCAGGAAGAGGAGGUGGAGGAGAUGACGGACGAGGAGGCGGAGGAGGCGAGGAGGAGGAAGUCGCUCCUUCAGAGGAUCUCCGCCCGCUACCGUCGCUACGGUCGGCUGAUCGGAGAGCGGGCCAGCCGCCGGCGAGGGGGGGGCGUGAGGGUGAUGGUGGCGGGCGACGCCCACCUCAACCUCAAGUGCGCGCUGCUCGCCGAGAGCGCCCCCUCCCUGGACCCCGGCCUCUUCGUCGCCGUGGCGACGCCCUUGGAGACCGCCGCGAGCGCGCGCAUCGCGCUGAAGCUGGGCAGGAGGACCACAGACGUCAGCGGGGUGAUCGUGUGGGGGAACCCCAGCGGGACCUUCGGCGUGGACCUGCAGAGGGCCCGGGUGUUCGACCACACAGGGGCCAUUCAGGGGCCCCGCUCCUUCUCCCGGCCGGUGCUCGAGGUGCUCCACGACAGAACCUGGCUGAAGACGGACCUUCCCGAGUUGCUCAAGGGCCGCGGCGCGGCGUCGGCGUCCGACGCGGGGGGGGCACGGCCGGCGUCCGUGUCGGUCGCCCACGGGAUCCUCGCGGUGCUCGAGGUCUGGAACGGGGUCCCCCACCCCGAGGCGGAGGGGCGGGUCUUCUCUCUGGGAGUGUGCUGCCAAGGACACCCCUACGUCCCGGACGGCGUGGUGUGCUCCGUCCCGGUGACCCUCUCCGAGGGCCGGUGGUCUCCCGUCCUGGAGGGCGUCGACAUGGGGGACGAGCUCGAGGAGACGCUAAUGCUGGCUGUGGACGAGCUCCGACAGGAGAAAGAAGAAGGAUGCUCGGACUUGUAAAGACAAGCUUUCAGUGGAGGAGUUGGAAACAUUCACCAGUUGUGUACUAUCGUGGGGGUGCUGGUGUACAACUGGGUUCCUUUGGUUUUACAAGAAAUGAUCUUAACAGUAUGAAUUAGUGAUUAGUUCUCGACCCAUUUCCCUUUCAUAUUAGACUCUUAACCUUUGAAAAAAGUAACUCUGUAAACAGUGGAACUCUCUUCUAUAGUUAACAGGGAGCAAAUAACAAAACCCAAGAAAAUGUGAAUUCACAAAAUAUGUACCGGUAUUUUUUUUUUUUCUUCCACAUGUUAUUUAAAUGCAGGUGUGUGUGUGGUUCCCCCAAAAUAUAAAAUGGAGAAAAGAUCAAACUGAGUGCACUUUUUUGAAAAAGAAUGGAAAUUAGAAAAUAGAUUCCUUUAUUUGUUUUUUUGCCCCCAAUUGUACAGGUCAGUUAAGUGCCAUUUCGAAGAAGCGAUUGGUUAAAGCAUCAAACAAACACAUUUUUUUUUUUUUUUUU